UCCAAUAGAAAACUAUAUAAAUCCCAAUUAGGGUUCCGAAUUUCCCAAAUCGUUCAAAAAAACCCUAAUUUGACAGAGAGAAAAAAAUGGGCGGCAAGUGUCCACACCGGAGCGUAAAGAAGCGAAGAUACUCACACAAGCAAUUUCGCCGGGGCAAAUUCCUAGUAAAAGGGGACGACGCCGUUUAUGAUGAACUGAAUAAGCCGGAAGAGCAACGGAAUGCGUUGCCAGUUGAUGAAGAUCUUCCUGGAAUGGGACAGUAUUAUUGUAUGCACUGCGAUCGGUAUUUUGCAAAUGUUACAGUGAGGGAUGAGCAUUUCAAGACGAAGAAGCACAGGAAGCGUGUGAAAAUGAUGAUGGGCCCGAAACCGCACACCCAACUUGAUGCUGAACUGGCCGCUGGAAUGGGCAUGCCCGAUAAUGGUCCAAAGCUAAUGUCAAUGAGUUAGAGUUUCCCUCGCUCCGUUCACAACUCAUUUGGCAUUGGUAGAGUUCCCUUGACCCCAUCUCUCUCUCUGUCUCUCAGUAUAGUAAGUUUAGAGAUACUUAGCGGAGCAUAUUAGCUUGGCGUUUUAUGCUUGGUCAAAGAUUCACCGCGAUGAUGCUAGCUAGUGGCCUAUGUUUUGGUUUUGUUUGCAUCAAACUACAGAUUUUGUUUAAAGAAUCAUCUUUGAAUUUCUAUGCCAAUUUAUUCAAUUUGGAUUUGGCUUCUAAAUGCAGAAAGAGCAACAAUUCACCAA